AUGGCCGAGCUCGAGGCGGAGCGUGUGAGCGGCUUCAAGCGCAUCUUGGUCCGCCUGGACGAGGGCACGCGCCGCAAGUACUGCUGCCGCGCGCUGGAGGAGGACCUGCAGCAUGUCAAGAGCCGCGUGCGCGUGUGCGCGGAGGCCAUGGCGCAGGCGCGGCAGGUGCAGGACGCGACGCGCAAGCUGCAUGCCAGUCAGCGAGCGGCCGUGUCGGCUGAGCUGCUGGGGGCGUUAGAAACCCUUCAGACUCGUUUAGAGACGACCACAAGCGCGCUCAUUUUGGGUCGCGCGCCCAAAAAUGGGGCGCAAAAUGGGCCCGAAAGUGCCGUAAAAGAGAAAACUAAUGCCCCAUUCCAAGAGGCCAAGACGCUUGCGAGGCUGGCGCUGCUGAGUCAGGAGCUGGACGAUGUGGCGAGUCAGAUGCGACGGCUGGAGAAGCUCAUGCCGCCCAAUAUGGCGGAGCUGGACGACAAGCAGAGGAAGUGGUGGAGGAAGCACGUGCACAAACUCGGAGACCAUGUGCUGGAGCUGCUGACGGGACACGAGAGGGAGAACCGGGCUCUGUUGCGCCUUGAGAAGACGCUCAAGAAGAUGGAGACCAAGUGGCCGGAACUCAAGAGCUGGCACGCGUACGUGACAAAGCAGAUUGCUGAAAAGCAAGGGUCGAAGCCGGCAUCAGGAGCUCCUGCUGAAUCAACUGCGAAGAGCAAGAAGAAGCGCGCGAUCCCAUUGCCGGAUGACGGCGACACGGUGAUGACGAGUGGUUCAACAGUGUCGGCAAAGUCGACGAGGAAAACAAAGGAUGCUGGCCAAGAUAAGAGCAAGGGGACGGACAGUCAGUCCCCUGAUAAGGUUCGGGCUCUGCUGCUGCGCUGCGCGAAGGAAGUGCGGACACUUCGCGACAAGUUCGAGCUGGGCGCGUACGACGUGAAUUUGAGUCGCAUGGUGACCGUCGUGGACUCGCUGUGGGCAGGAGCCGAGCAGUCCGAGGUUGUGUUGCUGACUACGGCGCUGUUUACGCUGGUGGAGACGGUGGAGAAAGUUGUGCAUCAGGCCAAGCGCCGAGACCGCCUGCAGUGCCUGAUCAGCGUGCUAGGUGUCGUGCUGGGGUCUCCGAAGCUGCAACUGACUGAUCGGCGAAAGACGAUGGUCGAGGAAUACGCCAACAACUGCCGCCAGUCCCUCGAGCAGUUGAAUCGGCAGAUGGAGAGUGGAAGCCACGACGCUACUGCCAGUGCCGCUGAGGAGACAACAGCGCAAACCCCGGUUGGAACCAGUGCACAAGCGAAGAUAUUCCCAGCGACGACGGAGUGUGCUCCGAGAUGUAAGGGCCAAGCGGCGCGCGAGAUCAACAUCUGCGAAGAGCUCGUGCUGACUGAGAUGAUAUUCGAAUACGUGCUGGUGAGCCUGGAGCCUGAGGAAAUCGUGGCGAUCUCAUCUUCCAGGCAGCAGUUCUCUACUCCAACAAGCGCCAAGAUGCGACUCUCCCUCGAUUUUGUGGUGAUCGCUGCGUCCUUCCUUGCCUCCAGCGAGGCCCUCUCCACGGCGAAGAACUGCAAAGAGGCCAAGAUCUCUAAAGAGGCUUCGCCGGCAGGCCCCAGCCAGCGACUUCUGAGGACUCACCAUCGGAUUGCUGAAGAUGAAGAGGACUCCUCCGAGGAGAGGGGCCUCACUUAG